UCAACCGUACACCAGUGCCCGGUAUUUCAGAUUGAAAAUUGAAAUUUUGAAAAUAUUUACUUGUGGUGCAUGGUAUUGUUCGUGAGUACGCGGUUGAGAAAACAAAAGCGUCGAGAGAACUUCGACGAUAACAAAUUUCAGAUUUUGAUUUUUGAAGCUGUAAAGUUCGUGGAAACGAAACUGGAAAGUUUCCUGUUUCCUCCAAAGUUGCGACAAAGUUUGCUCUCAAAUGCAUAAUGCAAUAAUCAACUGCUGAUCAAUAGAGAUUCAUUGUUUUUUGCAUUGAACGUGAUUUGUGUUUCUGUUCCCAAAGUUGUGUCAGUUGCUCCUUCUCCAGUGAAAUCAAGUUCUCUAAAUUGGUUAGAUCGAAAUGGCUCAUUACAAAGGAGCAGCGAGUGAGGCUGGCCGUGCCAUGCAUUUAAUUAAGAAACGAGAAAAAGCUCAGAUGGAAAUUGAAAUUCGAAAGAAGAAAAUCGAAGAAGAAUUAAAACUAUCCAACAUUGAAACUAAGUUUGCUGCUCAUUACGAUGCUGUGGAGCAACAAAUCAAAGAUACCACAAUCGGAUUGGUAACCUUAGAUGAAAUGAAAGCCAAGCAAGAGAAUAUUAUGAAAGAACGAGAGAAAAAAUUAGCUCAGAAACAAUUAGAAAAGGAGAAAGAAAAACUUAGACAACUGGAAGCCAAGCAGGCCGAAAAGAAUAAGCAAAAGCAACAGAUUCAAGCAUUAUCGUUUUCUUUGGAUGGAGAUGAUGAGGAAAAUGAAGAAGAUACAUUUCAAUCGAUAAAAACUGAGAUAAAACCGAAGGAAGAAGAUGAAUUUCUCGUGCCUAAAAAGAAAAUAAAAAAGAAUCCCGAUGUCGAUACUAGUUUCUUGCCAGACCGUGAACGUGAAGAAGAGGAAACUAAACUACGAGAAGAAUUACGACAGGAAUGGGCUGCCAAACAAUCAACAUUGAAAGAAGAAGAAAUUGAUAUAACCUUCAGUUACUGGGACGGAUCAGGUCAUCGAAAAACUGUUAAAAUGAAGAAGGGAAACACGAUCUAUCAAUUUUUACAAAAAAGCUUGGAAAUGCUUCGUAAAGAGUUCAGUGAGUUGAAAGCCGUAACUGCAGAUCAAUUAAUGUAUGUUAAAGAAGAUCUUAUUUUGCCACAUCAUUAUUCUUUCUACGAUUUCAUUGUCACGAAGUUUGGUUUAUUUCUGCCGUGUAUGGUUUGGAAUCGGGAUGGAGUGGACCAGCGUUAAAAUUUCUCUCAUCAUCAAAAUCUCCAUUUUUAAUCACGCCAAUCGAUAUUACUUGGUUAUCGAUAACGACAACCGCGGGAAAUAUCAUAUCGAUCAUUGUUUGCACAAUCGCUGCGGAAUUUUGUGGCAGGAAACCUUUGUUUUUCACCUGUUGCGUCAUAUUAUCCGCCGGAUGGAUGUUGAACUGUUUCGCCGACACGUUUUUUAUACUUCUAAUAAGUAAAUUUUUGAUAAACGUAGGCCUAGGAAUAUUCGACGUUUUGAAUUGUAUUUAUAUGAGCGAAGUAAGUUCUUCAGAAAGUAGAGGCGUCGUUGUAUCCAUAUCGAUGGUAUUCUAUACCGUCGGAACCGAAUUCGAGUAUAUCGUUGGACUGUUCCAGAAUUAUACGUUGCUAUCCGUAGUGCCUUUAGUUGUUUCAAUAUUAGCGACGAUUUGUUCGUAUUUUGUCGUAGAGUCACCCUAUUUUUUAAUCAUGAAUGGGAAAAGUGAGGAAGCUUAUAAAAAUCUAUGCUUACUCGAAGGUACCGUCAAUAGAGAAAAGAUUACUCGUGGUCAGUGUUGCCAAUUUAGCGGUUUUCAAGCUAUUCCUAGCGAUUUUGAACAUAGAAAACCGCCAAAAAAUGUCAAUCUAGCGGCUAGCGGGAAGUCUAGCGUUUUUGACUUCAUGGCCACUUUUACCAUUUUAACUCACAAAUUCAGCAUUUCAGCUAAAAAAUAUAGAAUUUUUGAAAAAAAAAUCAAUGAAAUUGAACUUUUGUAAAACCCAUCCACUCAAUUUCAUCAAUUCUUUGAUAAUUUUUGAAUGAUUUCACUGUUUUUUAGUUUUUAGUUAUUUUUGUACAGUUUUAAAAUUUUAACAAAUUGAAUCUUCAUCAGUUUUGUAUUUUUUACAUGACUUGAGGUUUUAAAAAAAUGAUGAAAAUCUAGCGGGAAGUCUAGCGAUUUUGCUAUAUGGAAUUUAGCGGUUUUUAGCGGUUUUUUAGGAUCAAUCUGGCGGGAUUUUUCAAUAUGGCAUUGGCAACGCUGCUCGUGGUUACGAAGAACUUGUUCAAUACGCAGAACAAGAAAAGUCUUGCGAUUUGAAUCUUCUCAAUUAUUUAUUAUUGCCUCAAAAUUAUCGUAUGUUUUUAUCUUUAUUGAUUGUGAAUUCCCUUGUAUACCUUAAUGGGUUUUCGGUGUACACAGGUUAUGAACCUAUUAUCAUGAGUUCUUACAAUAUAAAUCACGAUUUGGUCUUGAAUAUUUUAGGGAUUAGUAGCCUAAUCGCCAUUUUUUGCAGCCCUUUUAUAAUUAAAUCAUUCGGUCGAAAAUCUUUAAUGUGGAGUGGAUUUUUCUGCAUUGGUAUCGUGCAGAUUUUCAUGGCUGUGGGUUUUUUCAUCGAAGACGUCAAUAAAAAUGAUGUACAAUAUGUGCCGCAAACGUUAGUCAUUUUCGCCACCAUUGGAACGAUGAUCUAUGAAAUAACUGUGUAUCCGGUGACCCAUGUGUUGAGAGCGGAAAUGUUACCUCAUAGAUUGAAAGAAAAAGGCACAAGUGUGAUAGUUAUUUUCAAAGCUAUUAUCAACGGUAUUGUCAGCGCGUCAUUUUUCCCAAUAGCUUUGCAAUUUGGAUAUGGCUCCAAUUUUAUUGUCUACUCAAUCGCAGCAUUCAUUGGUGUUGGCUAUGUAGGUCUUUUUUUGGUGGAAACUAAAGAUAAAUCAUUGGCAGAAAUAAGGAAAUGCUACGUAUAACGUUGGUGUUGCUUAGCUUGAGUUCGCAAAUUUAUAAGACGUAUGAUUUUUAAAACGUUGGCAUGGCAGAGAACAGGAAAAUUUCAUUCCUAAGUUGUGUAAAAUUUAUAUCCCAAAUUGAGGCCAAAUGAUAACGUAGUACUUCGGUACUGUACGUAUGUAAUACUUUUCUAUGGUUGUUGUCUUAUGUUUCGAACCACUAGUUGCGGUUUUUUCUGUAUAUGGAUAGUGAAUAGAGACAGAGACUGAAAAUAUUCCAUUUAAUCGUUUCGAAAAAGAACAUUUCAUUUAGAAAGUUAGGUACCUAUGUAAUUAACUAAGCCAACUCACUGUCUGUGAACGCAUGUUCAUAAAACUUUUUAGUUCGUAAUAAAUUUUAUCACUUAAAAAAAAAUGUUCUUUGUAUUUUGAAAAUGCAAUAAAAUUCUGUUUAUUGAUAAA